AAACCAGAAGUUGCUAAGCGGCAAAUUACAAAUGGUGGUUAAGAUGAAUUUGAAUAUAAAAGCUUGAGUUUAUUGAAUACUUUCGAACAAUACUUUCGGAAAUCACUUCUGAAAUGAGCAAACAGAUUAAUUCUGUCGAUGUUGCCCUCUAAACGACCACGUAUAGAUAUGGGAGAAGACUCCUCGUCAUGGGAAACGUCCAUGAUGAAUGAUCUGGAAAAUAUGAAAGCGGAAGUCGAGCCUAUUGAAGUGCGGAAAUCAUCGUCGACCAAGAUUGAAACGGUUACAUACCGACCAACGUAUCGUGCAGUGCUCGCAAAAAAGGGAUUACUUGUGAAACAGACACUAGGAAGCGGGAGUUAUUCAAAGGUAAAAUUUGCCUACUGCCUUGAAAACUACGAUUUUCCGAAAGCAGCUGUUAAGAUAAUCGACAGAAGCAAGGCUCCAAGAGAUUUUCAAACAAGGUUUUUGCCUCGUGAACUAGCAAUAUGGCCAAGAAUGAUUCAUGCAAAUAUUGCGCGAAUGCACGAAAUGUUUGAAGAUAAUUUCCGAGUGUAUAUGAUCUUGGAAUUCGCUGAAAAUGGAGACGUUCUUCGGUAUAUUCAAAGAUCGGGAGCCAUCAAGGAGCAUUUAGCUAGAAUAUGGAUAAGACAGGUCGGCGAUGCUGUGCGUUACCUACAUGAUCAAGAUAUUACACACAGGGAUCUCAAGCUUGAAAACCUGUUGCUGGACAACUGUUUCAACAUCAAAAUCUGUGAUUUCGGUUUUGUUAAAAGCCAUUCAAUGAAAGAACUCAGCAAAACUUACUGUGGAUCCAAGUCCUACGCAUCGCCUGAAAUCCUGCGUGGUGAGCCGUAUGAUCCAAAGAAAGCGGACAUAUGGGCUAUGGGAGUAAUUCUCUACAUUUUCAUCACAGGAAAAAUGCCGUAUGACGAAAGCAAAGGCAAUCAUGGAGUUCUCGAGGAGCAGAAGAAGCUCAACUUUCCAUGGCAUAAAUUCAAAUACGUCACCCCAGAAAUCAAGAGUUUAAUUUUGUGGCUCUUUCAAAACCUUUAUCAAGAGCGUCCAGACAUCCACGCCGUUUUCGACAAUGAUUGGAUGAAGAAAGAUCUUGUUGACCAAUCCGAGAACGCGGAGGGAGAAAUCAAAAAAACAUUCUCCUUCCAGAACAACGACAAAAUGGAUAUACAGAGGGAAUAUGCCGCCGCUCUUCAAAAAGUGAAAUCAAAGUGAACUCGCUUCAUGACACAUUUAGAUAGAUGACUUUAUUGAGAUUAUAUUUUAGAAUUGUUUUAUCUUUUAGGCAUAUACUUCAUGUAUUUUUAAAAACAUUUCCUCUCUUAAUCAUUAAAUUCUGUCCUUAUUCUUAUCUCUCUUCUUUCAUUCUUCUGUCUGUUCUAUCCACUGGGGCACCUAUUCAAAAUCAAGUGUUUGUUACGGCUGAUGUGGAGACGGCAUGGUUCGGCGAGUGAGAGCCGCGAAGUAAGGUAUAGUGUUAGAGAUGUCAUAUU